UGCUGUAAAGAGAACAGAAAUUUGAAUGUUGUACACGUAGAUUGAAUACAUGAAUAACCAACAGAGGGGUAGCCUAAUUGGUUGGGGCUUUGGCGUCACACUCGGGAGACCCCUGUUCGAACCCCACUAACAAGUAACAACACUUUCAGUGUUGAGUUUGCAGGUUUUCAAUUUAUACCGUCAGGAGGCUUUCCAAGUACUAGGUUUUCAAUUUGCGUGUGCCCGUGGAGUCUCCCCCAUAGUAGUAUUAUCUCCUUCCCAUAGAUCUCAUCCACACACGUGGAGUCUCCCCCAUAGUAGUACUAUCUCCUUCCCCAUAGACCUCACCCACAUGUAAUAAACUAGGUGCUUGUAAUUGUAUGUAAAAACAAAAAAAAAAAACCUGAAUAUUAUAGUUUAUAUUAAAAAAAUAAUUUGUAAAAUAAAAACAUUAAUGAUAAACAAAGGAAAUCGCAUGGCUCCCUUAAAAAAAAAAAAAGACGAAAUGAUAUGUGGCCCAACCCGGAUUACCAAGUGGACGGCCCAAUAUUACAAAUUAAACGAGCUUAGGACACAAUUAGGCAAGGAUUCGAAUCCUCAUCCGCUCGAGCUUACUAAACGUUUUUCUGGCGGGAAGUUAAAUCCCUCCCCAUUUCUGUGCAGAGUUUACCGUUAAGUUUCGAUGGAAAAACUCCGAAAAAUCUCACCUUUCAGACUUUCAUCUCUCCUACGCCUUGAGAAAGACCCGAAACUUGCCUUCCAACUCUUCAUGAACCCCAAUCCGAAUGAUCCCAACCCAACUCCAAAACCUUUCCGAUAUGAUCCUGUAUCCUAUGAUCUCAUCAUCACCAAACUAGGCAAGGCCAAGAUGUUCUCUGAGCUUGAACUAAUUGUUGAGAAUUUGAAGAAGCAAACCCGAAUCAUCCCGAAAGAGAUUAUCUUUUGUAACAUUAUCUCCUUUUAUGGGAGGGCCCGAUUGUCCUGGAAGGCCCUCGAGAUGUUUGAUGAAAUUCCCUCUUUCCGAUGCCGGAGAACUAUUAAGUCAGUGAAUUCCUUGUUGAACAGUUUGUUGAUUUGUCGGGAAUUUAGUAAAAUGAGGGAAGUUUUUCUGGGUAUGGAGAUAUACGCACGACCAGAUGCUUGCACCUAUAAUAUAUUAAUCAAUGCUUGUUUGGUCAUGGGGGAUUUAGAUAAUGCUUGGGAUGUGUUUAAUGCUAUGCAGAAGAAAGGGAUUGUUCCGAACGUGACGACAUUCGGGACUUUGAUUAAAGGGCUUUGUGAGAACAAAGAGUUGGAGGAGGCUUUUAGAUUGAAGGAAAUGAUGGAGAGGGAUUUUAAACUGAAGCCAAACGCUUUCCUUUUCGUUGCGUUGAUCAAAGGGCUUUGCGAGGUUGAUAAGGUGGAUGUUGCUAUGAAGCUCAAGGAGGAGAUGUUAAAGAAAAAUGUUGAAUUGGAUGCUGCUAUUUAUGCUACCUUGAUUAGUGCACUUUUCAAGGCUGGCCGUCGGGAAGAUGUUAAUAAAUUAUUAGAGGAUAUGAGAAAAAAUGGCUGCAAAAAAAAUACGGUUUUGUAUAAUGUGAUAAUUCAGGGGUGCUGUAUAGAGCAAGACUUUGAUUCUGCAUUUAAGGUGCUGAAUAAGAUGGAAAGAAGGAAUUGUAAGCCAGAUAUAAUAAGUUACAAUGUGAUCAUUCACGCCCUUUGCAAGGCAGGGAAACUGAAAGAAGCUAGUGAGCUAGUGGAAGAUAUGCCCAGAAGGAAGUGCUUUCCUGACAUGGUGACUUACAGGACCUUUUUUGAUGGACUUUGUGAUGCAAUGCAGUAUAAGGAAGCAGCUCAUGUUUUGGAUGAGAUGGUCUUUAAAGGCUAUCUUCCUCGCUCUUCAAGUAUAUGUAAUUUAGUUGAUGGAUUAAUCAGAGGAGGGAAGACAAAAUAUUUGUGGAUGGUUUUAGAUAGUUUAGCUAAAGGAAACUUCUCUAAUCCAACCACAUGGGAAAUGGUGGUUUCUUUUGUAUGUAAAGGAGAUAGGCAGUACUCGAACCCCUUAGAAGAACUUAAUUCUUUGAUAACCCAAUUUAAUGCUCUUUGAUUACUUAAGAGCUGUACAUAUUGAUCAGAUUUGACUAUAAGCUUAUAACGAGUUUUCAUUGAUCACAUUAACCUCUGUUGCUUUCUGUAACUAGCAUAGUUGUAUCACGGAAUCACACAAGGGAAGUUCUCUUUGCUAUACAUGAUUGAGUGUCUCCCCAGGUA